AUGAGCCCCAGCCCCACGGCUGUGGGGGUCACUUUGGAGGAGAAACUGAAUAUGCCCCCCGCCCCCACAGGCCCAUCCCACGGUAUGGAGGUUCUGGGUCUCUCGUUCAUCACCUUUGUCUGCUAUGUGGCGUCCUCAGCAUCUGCCUUCCUCACGGCCCCUCUGUUGGAGUUCCUGCUGGCCCUCUACUUCCUCUUUGCUGACGCCAUGCAGCUCAAUGACAAGUGGCAGGGCUUGUGCUGGCCCAUGAUGGACUUCCUGCGCUGUGUCACAGCCGCCCUCAUCUACUUCGCCAUCUCCAUCACGGCUGUCGCCAAGUACUCAGACGGAGCGUCCAAAGCAGCCGGGGUAUUUGGCUUCUUUGCCACCAUCGUGUUUGCAGUUGAUUUCUACCUGAUCUUUAACGACGUGGCCAAGUUCCUCAAACAAGGGGACUCCGCAGACGAGACCACAGCUGACAAGGCAGAAGAGGAGAAUUCCGACUCCGACUCCGACUAAAGGCCUGCCGGGGCCUUGGCCCUGCACCUUCCAGCCCCCGGGGACGUGUCGGGAGGGAGGCUGUGACUUCUCCAGGGAGUUUCUGAUGGAGCGGGCCUCCCACAGCCUGAGGUGGCGUUCCUGAGCCCAGCAUGCCAGCCGGCACCCCUUGGCCUAGCGCCGUCUAACCACUCUGCACGUGAGGCAUUUUGAAUGUCCCGGCUCUUCUCCCCACAUCUGUCCCACAGACCUUAAGCCCUAUAACCCCUGCCAAAAAAGCAACCAAAAGCAAAAGGGACAAAGCCUCGUCGCCACACACACACACACACACACUUGGGUUGGUGUGGGCUGGAGCGGAGAGGGUAAGUAAAGCCCUCCUCAGGGCUCCCCACCAGGCCCCAGGGGCUCUGUCCCCUUGCUGCCCCGCUCGUGACCGCACUUUGUCCGGAUGCUCCUCCUGAGACUCUUCAGUUCAAGGAGCACCAUGUCCCUCUAUCCUUGAAGCAUGAAGAAAACUGACAUGGGCCUGGCAUCUGAGAAGUGGGGUGCCAGGGCCCAUAACUGACAUCUUGCACCCUUGGGAACCAUGUCUUCUUGGGGUGACCUGCUACGGGUCUAAGGUUGUUCAAAGAAAUGCUCGCCCCCCCCCCCUCCAGCUUCCCAGGCCCGAAAGACAGAGGUGCCCGGCCGUGGCAUCCUGGGUGGCUGGGCAGGCCCAGCCAGGAUCCCCCCCGUCUGGGGGAGAGCUUCUGGGGCCACUGUGCGUCUCGUGGCCAGCACAGUCUCCUGAGCCCCUCUGGGAGGUGAGACGUGCCUUCUGACUUCACUCAGCGACCCUGUGUGUAUGUUCAGUGAGAUUUUUGUAACUUUAUGUAAUUUUUUUUAUACCAAAGCAGCUUCUUAAAUGGCACUUCCUGUGACCCAAGAGGCCUGAAUGAGCCAAAGUUCCAUGUUGAGGCUAUUUGUAAAGUCUCGUUUUUUUUCUUGUGCAUGUGAGUCUCCUAUUCUGAAAAAAAAAAAAAAGAGAGAACAAAACCCACAAUGGAUUAAACCAGGCUGACUACCUGC